AUGUAUUUCUUAGGUGAUUAUGAGCCACAAAUGAAACAAUCACCUGGCCAACAACAACAAACACAACCUCCGCCAUCUGAUGUAGCAAAUUUUAAUUAUGGUGAAGAUCAAGUAAAUGAUACAAAUGCUAUAUUAAAAUUAAAAGAAUCAAUGCAAGAGGAAGUAAAAAAAUUUGAUAAAACACCUAAUAGUUUAAAUAAUGAUGAUUAUCAUUUUCCUGGUGUUGGUUAA